CGCCCGCACGAGGCCUUCCGGUGCGGAGGUCACCAUGGCGGCGUCCUUGGCUCGGCUCGGGCUCCGGUCUGUGAAGCAGGUUCGGGUUCAAUUCUGCCCCUUCGAGAAGAAUGUGGAGUCGACGAGGACCUUCCUCCAGGCGGUCAGCAGCGAGAAGGUCCGUUCCACCAAUCUCAACUGCUCGGUGAUUGUGGACGUGAGGCACGACGGCUCCGAGCCCUGCGUGGACGUGCUGUUCGGAGACGGGCAUCGCCUGAUUAUGCGCGGUACCCACCUCACCGCCCAGGAAAUGCUCACAGCCUUCGCCUCCCACAUCCAGACUAGGGCUGCGGCGGGAAGCGGGGACAAGCCAGGCGCUGGUACCGGGCGCUGACAGUGCAGAAGAGAUCAACAAGCAGAUUUUAGCUUGGGAUUGUUAGGACACUUACCUAAGAGUUUGAGAGACUUCGUCACUCGAAUCACCAUCUGGAGGGCCAUGGAGCGCCAAAAAGAAAAAAAGAGCGAGCCCUGUGACUACUGAUCCAACCAACGUUUCUGAAAUGAGACAUGAUUGGAGAGGGAUCUGCACAAACUUGAAUUUAUUUCGUUUUCUUACCAUCACUCCCUGCUUAACCCUUUUGAAUAUGGCUUUUCCCACCACUCACUCAAGGUACCUCUUGCUCUUAUUAGCCAAAUCCAGUGCUGUUUUUCUCGGUCCUCAUAGUUCCAUCUCAGUAGCAUCUGCCACUUUUAAUUCACUCCCUUGUGGAAGUUCUCUUCCUCAUGGGUUUUUUUUUCUUUUAACCAUAAAAUUGUACUCUCAUCCUUCAUUUUCUUCUGUAUGUCUGAGCAUUUCAUCCUGUCAUAACUUGAACUCUGGGGUUAAAUCCUACAUUUCUGUUUGGCUCUAAUCUCAACGACUGUGCUAUGGUCAGGUUAUCUACUACCGAUUUCCUCCAAGCCCCACCAAACUCUGUGUCCAAAAUAGAAUUGAUAAUCUUACAUAUACAUAUACUUGCCUCUCCCCCUGACUUCUCCAUUACUUCAUCUGCUUCAUCUUCUCAGCCACCUGGGCUGGAAACCGCAGCAUUAUCUCUGCUUCUGCCCUCUCUCUUUCCCUGCAUAUCCAGUUAGUAAAUUCAAAAUAUUCUUUUUUAAACAAAAGCUUCUGAAAUGUUUUCUCCGUUCCCAUUCACUUUCCUGUAUCAUUGUAUUCUCCCACCCAAUCUCCUUUUUUUCUGACCGUUUUUGCUGCUGCUUACUUUUAUCUUUCAAAGCACAUCACUGUUUUUAUGUCUCACUACUUGUUUCACACUGUGCCCAAUGCGUUUUUCAUACUAGGUUACCAACUCAUUAGUAUGGAUCAUGAAAUCGAUUUAGAGGGUUAAAUCGGCCUUUCAAAAACAAAGUAAAAUAGAAUAAAAAGUAUCAGAGUGCAUGGCAUGGAGAAUGGAAAGUACUCUUUUAAGAAAUUUAAGUUUUCAGCAUAAUCAUGAAUAUAUAUAUAAAACAUGAAGUAUGUUUAUGUGUGCAUAUCUGCAGGUACUUGGUUGCAGAAUAGAAUUGUUUCUUAUCACGGGUUGUAGGAAAAGAUGGUUGAUGGCUACUGGUUUAGAGAACUUCAGAAUUCUUAGACAAUCAAGGAUCUCUAGACACUGGCUGCUGUGUACUUUGCCAAAUACAUUUUCCAUGACUUUG